AUGGGAGGGGAAGAAGAUAUUAAUAAUGAUAAUAAGACUAAGACGACGAAACGAAUCUUGGUGGAGAGCAACAUCAUGGCGGGCAAGUCAACGCUGCUGCGGAUCUUGUCAGAGGCCAAGCCUGGUUGGCGCUCGAUCCCCGAGCCCUUGUCCGAGUGGCGCAGCGGAAACCGGGGGGACGGGGGAAACCUGCUGCUCUCGCUCACGCUGCACGAACGCGGCGCAUUGAACGAUACCGAGUGGCACGUGUACAGAGACUGGAACACUUGGCUCUUGGAAAUCUUCGAGCCCGAGUUGCGCCUCGACGGCAUUGUGUACGUACGGGCGAACCCCGAGCGUUGCGCGCUGCGAUUGGUGCGCCGCGGGCAGGCUGAGGAGCGGGGGAUUCAGAUCAAGUACCUGGAGCAGCUCCACGUGAAGCACGAAGCGUGGCUCGGUCCCUCUUGCCGCAGAGAAGAGACUACGCCCGUGCUGAUCCUCGAUGGCAACGAGGACUUUGAGAGCAACGCGGAGAAGCGCAAGGCCGUGACGGCUCGGGUUCGCAAGUUUGUUGCGUCGUUGUGA